CUGGCGGUGGUGCUGGCCUUACGGAGGUGUUAUGUUGCCACCCUUUGGAUACCAUAAAAGUGGGAAUGCAAUUGAGCAAAAAGGCUAUAAGGCCAGGCUUUAUUGAAGUUAUUAAUAUCAUGAGAAAAGAAAAGCCUUUAGCAUUAUACAAAGGUCUUGGUGUAGUAGUAACUGGAAUAGUACCAAAGAUGGCUAUUCGUUUUUCUAGUUUUAAAUUAUACAAAGGCUGGUUGGCUGAUAAAUCCACAUUCUUUG